CCCAGCACGCCUUCCUCUCACUAUUACACCAUGCUUCCAAGUUUUUACUAACUUUUGGCUACAUCAAGGUUAAAAAUAACGCCUCCCCCUUAAAAGUCAAUGUGACGUCACUCUAAUUCACGACCAUCUCCCUGGCAUGUGAAACCCCGCCCACGCGCGCCCAGUGCGCGUGGAGUUCCACAGUAGUUGAUGACGCCAGCAAGGCCGCACCGAUUUUCUUUUAUAAAACUGCUCACAACUCGCCAGGCGUUCAUUCGUAUCACUGAGGAGGAUUUACCCCGGUGACAGGAUGCAAGGCCUGCGCCCGUGCUCAAAAGACUUCGUCCUUCCCCUGGACCUCGCUCCCAUGACUAACUCCGCUUCGUCUUCUUCCUCGCCCUCCUUGUCCAUCGACGUCGACGAGUCCCCCGAGACUCGAAUCCAGCGCCUCAUCUCGGAGCAUCCCGUCGUCAUCUUCGCCCGAUCCUCCUGCUGCAUGUGCCACGUCAUGAAGAACCUCCUUGCCACCAUCGGCGUCCACCCUGCCGUCAUCGAACUUGACGAUCAAGAGAUCGCCGCCCUCCCGCUCUCCCACGACAACGACAUCCAAGCCCUCCCUAACCGCGCUCCUGCAGUCUUCAUCGGCGGAACUUGCAUCGGCGGCUUGGAGUCUCUCGUCGCCCUCCACGUCAGUGGCCACCUCGUCCCCAAGCUCGUUCAGGUCGGAGCUCUUUGGUUAUGAUUUCAUCCGCAAUCCUCAUCCUCCUGCCCUCCCCGUGUACUGUAAAUUAAAAUUUCCAAAUGUGUGGCAUAGGUUGGUGUCGACUGUCCACGAAAUCUGAAAUAUAAAAAUAUGAGGUACGAGGUGUUUGAUAUAGAACAAGUGUAUGGGAAUUUAGGAGAAGCGUUCCAUUAUCCAAAAAGGCGUUGAAUCCAAUCUGUGGAGCUAAGCUUCUGGGUUCAGUUGCCGCUGAGAGAGGGAACACGUGUGUGGGGAGUCCAGAAAACGUCCAUUGGAUUCAACGUUAAACCAAAACCAGAAUAGAUUGAUGUAGUCAGACUCAGAAACCUCCGUGGCUUGGGUCCCAUUCGCAAUAAUUGAGCAAUCAGGGUCGUAGCUAGGGCUCAUAGCCCAAUAGCUUCACCACUCUUCCCUCCUAACCUUAUCUAUCUCUAUCUCUUUGUAAAUUUAUUAGGGUUAGGUUUAUAAGAAUCUGGAGAACUGGCAUCUUUCUAGCUCUUCCUUGUUUGGUGUUUUCUCCGUUUAUGGAAGCCUGAUCUGGGCUUGCUCUUGGCUUUUUCAAUGGUGUGGGACCACACGGCACGCCCACCGUUUACAGUCAUGAUAUGAUGAUAUAUACAGACAAUCAAAUGACCAAAAAACUUUUGCCCUCUGGGGCUGAGCCGCUCAUGGGCAAGAAUCUGAUUGAAGUUUGAAUGAAAGAUUCAUAUUGACGUAGGGA